CAUAACCUAUAUUUGAAAUUGGUCUUCAAAUUAGUAACAAUUAUUACUCUAGAAAUAAUUGGAAAUUAUUAUUUGAAAAUAGUAUGACAAUAUUGAGUUUAUGAAAACAAUAAAAAGGGUUAAUAUUGGGUACAAGAAAAAAGAGAGGAUUAAUAUUAGAAAUAGAUAGUGACGGAAAAAUUAGAUAUGGGAGAUCAAUCAUUUGCAAGUUACUCAUUUUACUUUUCAUUGCCCAACAAAUCAUUUGAUAUCAAAUAAUUCAGUUAGGGUGAACAAACACACCCGUAAACAGACUCACCCGUCCAACCCGAUCCAACUCACCCAUAUUUGUCGCUAAAUCGAAGGUUUUGGGUUGGAUGAGGUUUUUUUUGUACAACCCGCCUCUUUUGGGUUGGGUUUGGAUUUUGGAUUACACAACCUGUAGAACCCGACCCAACUCGUGUUCCAACUAUUAGUAUAAGUUCGUAUCUAAAAAAUAUUUAUGUCGUAUAUAGCCAUACUUAUGAGAAAAUUAAGAUAUUUCGCUAUGUUUUUCUCUCAUGGUCUCGCUAAUCUAAUGCAUUCUCUGACUUAAAGUUUAGACAUAAAUUGAAUGUAGUUAUGAUUCACGUAAUCCUUUUUCUUGUGUACAAUAUUAAUAGAUUAACAUAUUAUGGAUGCGUUUGUUUAUAACCUUUUUACCCUAUUUCAACAAAUAUCGUGAAAAAAAUUAGACAUAUGUUGAAGUAAAUCACAUUUUAUUAAAAUUCAAACAACAUUUGUGAAUUUUGAUACCUUUCACCUCGGUUUAUUCAUUUGAAAUUUUAAUUAGUUAUAAAAUAUUUUUAUGAUAUAGAAUAAGUAUAUAUUUUAUGUUGGGUUGGGUUUUCACUUUAAAAUAUCGUCAAUCCAACCCAACCUAAUUAGAAACAAACUGUAGGGUUUACAUUUUUUUUAGUUGGGUUUGGGUUUGAUAUUUCCCAAACGAUAGUACAUAAGUCGGGUAAUUAAAAUGACUAAACUCGAACCACCCGAUCUAUGUACACCCCCUAAAUUCACUUGAGUUAUUCUCUUAUUUUCCCAACUCUAUGCAAACGGUACUGGAAAUUCCAGGAAAUUAUGAAGAAAAAAAAGUAAAAGGAGAACGAUCAGCAUAAAAAGAGCAUUACACAUUGAAGAACGUAUCCACAUUCUUAAAAAAAAAAAAAACUCUGCCGGGAAAAAUCUGAAACCGUCACCGGACUAGAAUCAACGAUGAAUGGCUAUUCUUUACCACCCGAAAUUCAUCCACCACCAGAGAAAACAAUCCAGAUAAUCUCGACCUCCAUAGUCGAACCAGCAGCAUCACCGCCAAACACCACUAACCACCACGACAUCGAAAUCCAAUUCACUCCAUUCGACAUCCAAUUCCUUCCUCUCCAAUACGCCCAAAGAGGCCUCUUAUUCCCCAACCCAUCUCCACAAGAACCCAAUUCAACAUCCACAAUCCCUCGCCUGAAAACCACUCUCUCCCGAGCACUCUCCAUCUUCCCACCCUUCGCCGGCCGCCUCGCCGCCGUCCAGUACGACGACGACGGAACCGCCUCCUUCUCUCUCAACUGCAACAGCGCCGGAGCCCUCGUCGUUCACGCCGUCGCUAGUGGACUCUCUGCCUCCGACAUUCUCCAUUCCGACGACCCCACUUCCCCCGGCGCUCUUCACUCCCUGUUCUCCAUGAACGGAGCGUACGGCUGCGAGGGAGUCUCCAAACCGCUGCUGGUGGUCCAAUUCACCCAGCUAGCAGAUGGGUUUUUCAUGGGUUUCACGUUUUCUCACGCCGCUGCCGAUGGGUCGUCCUUCUGGCAUUUCCUCAGCACUUGGUCCGAAAUUUCCCGAAACGCCGCCGCGGAAUCGGUGUCGCCGGGUUCUGAGUUGAUAUUGGAGAAUCCGGCUCCGGUGAUUGGAACUUGGUUCCUCGACGGGAUAGAACCCCCAAUUCGAUUCCCAUUCUCAUUCGACGAAACGAUUCAGAAACCCCCAAUCAGCCUUCCCCUGCCUCCUCUGCUCCAGAGGAUUUUCCACUUCAGCAAGGACAAAAUCGCUCAACUAAAAGCCAGAGCAAAUUCUGAGCAGACCGACAUUGCUUCUGCCAAAUCAAUCUCUUCGUUUCAGUCGCUGCUGGCACACAUUUGGAGAGCAGUGAUCCGAAACAGUCACGGUCUAGAUCCCGACGAGGAAGUUCAUUGCAAGCUGUUGGUGAAUUUUAGGCAGAGACUGAGGCCGAAGCUGCCGGAGGCUUACUUCGGGAACGUGGUGCUGUUCGCGACGGCGACGGCCUCAGCUGGAGAUCUGGCGGCGAAAGGGAUUGGGUUUGCGGCGUUGAAGCUGAACGAGACGGUGGAGAGGCAAACGGAUGGAGAAGGGAGGAGGUGGGUGAAUGAGUGGGUGGAGAAGCCAGAGGUACGGAAGCUGGGUGCCAUGGCGAGGAAUUCUCUGAUUGUGGCCGACUCGCCGAGGUUUGAGGUGUAUGGGAAUGACUUCGGUUGGGGGAAGCCCGUGGCGGUGAGGGCGGCGGGGAAUUACAGCGACGGGAAAGUGACUGUGUUGAGGGGAAAAGAAGAGGGGAGCGUGGAUGUGCAGAUUUGCCUGGUGGAUGCGACGAUGAAAGGUAUCGGGAGUGAUUCGGAGUUCAUGGAGUUUGUUGGGUGAUUGAUUUCCGGUGGCGUGUUGGGUUUUGUUUAUGUUAUGUAUUUUGGGUUGUGGCAAUAGAAAAAUGAAUUUGCUGGAAACGAAGUCAUGGUUUGCUGAUAAGUAAAACCUGUUUAGCUGAAAACUUAAAUGAGGAUGGAUUGCUUGAAAUCAAAGUAAGAAAGAUGAUUCUAUUAUUAUGUUUUUUUUAUACUUUUGACUCUGUCAUUUUACUUGUACAACAUCGUUUUCGGAGUUAUUUUACGUUAGAUUUUGUCUUUGUCUUAACAUGUUUCAGGCUCUAGUAGGUGAAAUAGACGAAAGGAUCGAAAGUCAGACGGAAAAGAGUAAAAAAUGGGACAAAGUACUGGAUGGAUCACGAGUGUACAUGGGCGCUGGGCCGUGCUUGGGCCGACACGACACGAGCACGCUUCGGGCCCAUUUAUUUCGUGUCGUGCUUGGCAAGGCCCAUCAGUUUUCGUGUCGUGCCAUGCAAGCCCAUUUGUUAACUUUGCUAGGCCCGGGCACUCGAAUCGUGUCGUGCCUAUUCGUGCUCGUGCCAUGCUCGUAUUCGUAUUUAAUGAAAAUGAAAAAAACAAAAGAGAGAAUGAAAAAGAAUGUGAAAAUUGGACGGAGAAAGAAAGUAUUAACUGAUAAUGUUUGAGAAAAGUAACAAAUAAGGGGGAAAAGAAAAUUGGAAGUAUAGCGAGUGUGAUUUGGCUUUGUUUAUUUUCGUGCCAUGUUCUUUCUUAUACUCAAUAAAGUCUCGAAAAUAUUAGGCCCGACACGGCCCACUUAUAUACCAUGUCCUGCUCGUGCUCGUGCCCAUGAAGUUUAGGCCCGGCAAGGCCCAUAAAUUAUUCGUGCUCGUUCCGGGCUGGCCCAUUUAUUUCGUGCCCGUGCUCGUGUCGUGCUCUAACCGUGCUCGUGUCGUGCUAGCCCGUGGGCGGCACGGCCCGGUGCCCACGUACAAUCACGACCGCAGGGCGUGAAGAAGUGAAACAAUGUGUUUUGACUUUGUCGUUUGACUUGUACAACAUCUUUAUUAGAAUCAUUUUACGCUAGGUUUUGUCUUGUUUUAGCAUGUUUCAGGCUCUAUCAACAGAUGAAAUGGACGAAAGGAUCGAAGUCGGACGAAAAGGAGCAAAAAUGGGACAAAGUACUGGAAAUUGCAUGGAUCACGGUUCAAGGCAUAUUGUCACGGGCAGAAGACCGGGAAGAUUGCAUCAAAACCGCGAACGCGAAGAAUGCAAAGUUCCAGGAGCAUUUGGACGUCUUAUGUGCAUUGCAUGGAUCACGGGCGUUGGGCGUGAAGAAUACAAAUAAACAGUGAAGUGUGUAAGUGAAAUAGUGUGUUUUGCGUUGAGAUCACGGUUGCACUACACAUAUCACGGGCGUGACGAAAGCCCUUGAAAUGUACACUGUCGGGUAUAAAUAUGAGAGUGAGCAGAUUUCAAAAGGGAGAAGAGUGUUAGAGAGAGAUUUUGAUCUUCUUCUACAUUCUAGAGAGAUAAAGUGACUAACUAAUGAAGAUUGAAAUUUGGAGAGGAAUUUGACCUACCCAAGACUAAACGAGGCAGAUUUCAUCUUCAACACCAUCAUGUAUCUCCACCCAAUACCACCUACUUAAUUGACCCAAAAAUCAAGCCAUAAAUUUCAAAAGCAAAUGAAUAAAACUUAUGAUU